AUGAGGAGGGCAUGGCAGCAGUGGUGCCGUGCUGCCAGGGGCUCUGCGUGCCCUUAUCUUGAGCAUAUAGGGCUGCGGAAGGGACUUCCAAGUACCAGGCCCUGCGAUCUCAGAGCCACUUCUGUCCCAUCUCUGCCCUUGGAGGGGGAACAGGUAGUCCAGACAAUUAGAGGACAGAGGGGGCUGUGUUCUGACGGGGCCACGCAGGCAUUGAGGAAACACAGCGGGCCCGUCCCCUGGCUGGGAUGGGGAUGUCUGUGUGCCAUCAUCUCACUCCAUCUGCUCAUUCCUUUGCUCAUUCAUCUAUCCAUUCAUUCGAGUCACCUCAUGCACAUUUUCCAAGGCUGCCUGUGGCCUGGCCCUGUGCCGGGUAGAGCUGAGGAUGCCAAGGUGAAGGUGAAUUCCUCCUGUGCCUGGCCCCGGCCCCAGUCUGCUGGAAGAACCAGACACAGACAAUCACAUUGCGGGGAAACGCGUGCUCCAUCGGAAACGUCCAGAGAGGCCCAGCGUGCACCAGGGCCUUGCUCAGGUCGGCACCAGGCCUGCCUGGAGCAGCCAACUGUGGGAGAAGGAGUUGGUGAAAGAUGGGCCCCACCUGGGCCAUGCACAGAAGGGCUGAGGGGUAGGGGGCGAGGGGUUGAAGAUCAGGCCCUGCCACCAUGCCACACGGCUGUCCUCUGUCCCUGCCCCUGGGGGAGCUGAAACUGCAUGGAAGGUCCUCCAGGGGUGCCCCGUCUAAUAAACUCGAUGAAGAGGA